AUGAUUGGUAGAAGGCGAGGUGCUAUGUACGGCCGGCGGCGAGCGGAAGGUCUUGGAAUAUUACUGCUGGCGAUCCAGGUUAUGCGUGUGGGCUUGGACAAUAUACCUCCUGUAACACUCGCUUCGUUGGUUGCAAACACUGUUAUAUAUUUACGUAUUUUACAAGUACCCAGUAUACAAACUGUGUGUGUGAGCGCAGUGAAAGUGUGGCAUCAGCAUGAAUGGUCACGCUUACUUCUAGCUUCAUGGUUUCACACAAGUGACAUGCACCUUUACUUUAAUAUGGCUUCAUUUCUUUGGAAAGGAAUGUCCCUGGAAAGAAAGCUUGGAAGCAAAUACUUUGCUUAUAUGAUAGCCGUAUUUUCUGUAUUGACAAGUUCUCUUCUAGUUUGCCUGGAUAUAUUAGCUUCUGAAGUAUUUGGUGAUGCGUCAUAUCUAUAUUCAUGUGCUGUUGGUUUCUCUGCUGUGAUAUUUUCCAUUAAAAUGGUUACCACCUACUCAAUGGCUCCUGGGACGCAGUGGAUUAUGGGAUUGAUACCUGUACACUCAAGAAUUGCCUGCUGGGUAGAAUUGGUAUUGAUUCAAGUUUUAGUACCAAAUGUCUCAUUCACUGGACACUUAGCUGGGAUAUUGGUUGGCUUGGCAUAUGUUAAAGGCCCACUCAAACGUAAUAUGGAUUUAUUCUUGCAGCCGGACAAUGAGAUAAGACACAGAGGGCGAACACAGGGAAACAGAAAUACCUGGUCACAAAGAUUCUUUGGUGGUGGAACAACGGGUACACAAAGACAACCAGUGCAUGUACGUAAUGCAAAUCAGUAUGAUGAAGUUGUUUACACUGGUGGACUUAGUGAAGAUGAACAGUUAGCAAGGGCACUCCAUGAUAGUUCUCAGCACACAGGUUAUGAAAUGAAUCAUAAUGAGGAAGUGAACCACACAUAUGAACAAAGAGCUAGACUUUAUCCUACUCUCCCCAAUGAUGCAGUCCCAAGUGCACCACCUCCCCCAGGCCCCAGUGCUCCUCCUCUCGAAGUGGAUGAUCAGCCUCUCCCAUAUGGUUUUACUGAUCCAACAGUCAACCAGUCUAGACGAGCUCCUCAAAGUCAUAGUCAUGUUGAUUCUAGUAGACCAACAGAACCUCCUAGUUAUCAUUUUGUUGAACAGAAUCGACAAUCAGGCAAUCAUAGUAACAGUGUUAUUGAUAAUGAUGAGUUGAGACGGCGACGUCUAGCAAGAUUUGAUAGGUAG